GGCCAGUCGACCGCGAGAUCCGCCGGUCAGAGGCGCACUUCUUGGCGUGGAACGAGAGGCCCCUAAUUGGUGGCUUGUCGGCUUUGCUGUCGUCGCGUUUUGAAAACCGUGGCGAUGGCGCCCCCGGCGACACGCGCCCUCGCCAUUUUCGCGUGCUUCUGCAUCGUGGCCUCGACUGCAGUUGCACUGACAGCUACUGGCAACUCGGACCUGAGCUCCCCCGUUGCCGCCGCGUUUGAUUUCAAGAAUGUAGCCGCCUUGCGCGAAUCAUUGCGUCGCGGUCGCCGCAGCACUGCAGACAGCGCAGACGAGGUGGUCGCCCAUUAUAUUUCAAACAGCGCGCUUAGCGAUAUCGUCGCGCCCUCUUAUUUUCUGGCGUUCUCUGUCGUCAACGGGUCUGGCGAACAGUUUAGCACUUAUGCCACGCCCGCGGCCAUGCUGGACAGCGCGGCUGUGUCUCCCACUGAAUGUUUGGUCUGGUGUGCCAUGUCUGCGAGCUGCGAGGGCGUUGUUGUGGAAACCAACGCAAGCGGCUCUGCCUGCUACCGCCUCUCUGAUCUGGGUUCUUCUGCAGCCACCGUUUCUGGUGCCGGUGCUGAUGUUCAGCGCUACAGCUUGCUUCGACUUGGCAGCUUGGAUCAGACUGCAGAUGCUCUGACAAACGGCAACUUUGAGUCACCUGUCAUGGAUACCAGUGAGCCCCGCGUGCUUGCCGAUCUCUCGCCCGCUCCCUGGCAGGAGAGUCCCGGCACAGACUUGGCCAUGUUUCGCCCCAAUACAGCCAAUAACUUUCCCAGUAUCUCCGGAACGCAGGCUAUUAUUCUGCGCAAUGCAGGUCAAAUCACUCAGAUUAUGCAAACGGAUGAGCCUGUUGCUGAGCAGUAUCGCAUUUUGCGAAUGAAGUUGGGCGCCCGCAUGAACAACCUGCCGCGAGGACUCGCCAUUACUGUUUACGAUGAAACCAACACUGUCAUCGCCAGCCAGACGAUUGCGGCCAGCAGCCUUGUCGUCAACGACGUGGCGCAGUAUGAAUUUGGUCUUGACACGUCAGCUGGUUCCAUUCUGACUGUCAGCCUCCGUGGUCGCAGCAGUGGCGAGCACAUUGUCGUUGAUGACGCGGAACUGCUGUAUUUCAAUGCUCCUGCAGCCCCCGUGCCUACCACCUUUGUGCCUACCACGACGACCACGACGACCACGACCACGACGACGACCACCACGACCACAACCACGACCACGACCACGACGACCACGACCACGGUGACCACCACGACCACGAGCGCUUAUGAAGGCUACGUGUUGGUGUUUGCCAGUAUCGGUACCAAUGGCCAGCGGUUCUCGACCGCGACCGAUGCCGAGGCUUUCCUUUUUGGCCGCAACGACGUCGACAGUUGUGUGGCUGCGUGCGAUGCGUUGACUGACUGCAUGGGCUUCUAUAUUGAGGGGGACACAUCCUGCAUCGGCCUCUCAUACUUGGGUUCCUCAACCGGAGAGGCCGCCGAGGCAACCAGCCAGUCCUGGGCCAAAUUGAGCGUGAGCAGCAUCGCGUCAACCACUGCCGGCUCAACGAUCCCUCCCAUGGUCACACCUUGUACAAACAACGAGUGUCAGAAUGGGGCCACCUGCGUUGCACUGCCUUCCAGCUACAUCUGCGACUGUGCCAGCGGCUGGGAUGGCGCGUAUUGUAACGUCUCUGUUCCCUAUUGCUAUGAAAACUUUUGCGCCAACGGCGGUGCCUGCACGGACGAGGACAACACCCCGAUCUGCGAGUGCGCAUACGGAACUGACGGCGAGUUGUGUCGCACGCUCACGGGUGUUGCAUGGCCUCCAAUCCUUAGUACUAGCGUCUACAAUGGCACUGAUCUUUUUGCUGCCUACGACUCUGUGAACUUGAUUUAUCCCGUCGCGGAUGUCGCACCGUGGGCCGUGGCCUGCAACCUUGGUGCUGAUGAAGACGAAGAGGGCAGUGGUUGGGGUACAACCACUGUUGCACCCACCAGUGGUUACUUUUGGUCCUGUGAUGUGUAUGACUUGAGCAAUGUUAGCAACGUCCAACUGAAGGCCUCGUUCCCGGCCUACAACACGGAAGCUCAGGCCUUGGGUGCCUUUGUUUUCUACAUUUCUGAGUCGGGACAGCUCACCGCCCUUGAUACCAACACCAACUUCACGCAAACACUCAUCACGGAUAUGGUUCUGGGCCUGGCCCCUCACGAUUCCGACACGAUUUCUGUCAUCACCGCGGAAGGCCUCUUCAUUGUCGGCACGACUUCAGUGCAAGCUCAGGUCCCCGCAAACUUGACUGACUGCUCUUUGGUGAGCCAAACCGUACUGUGCCCAAGCGGUUUGUUCAACAUCGCUUUUGACGAGGGUGCCUACGCACUCGUGCCCGUCUCCACGCCCGCCUUCUGGUGGGACGUCUUGGACGCCGCAGAGUGGCCUCUCAAACUGCGCAACAUUGGCGAUUUUGACCUGGACGGUGCCACGGAGAUUGUGGUUGACGCGGGUACAACUACCAUUUUGCUCCGCACCACCUCGUCCUUUGAGAUCUGCAGUGAUGCCGACUCCGUCUUGAUGUGGGUCGGUGACCUCGACCGUGAUGGCUUUACCGAUUUCAUGUGCAGUGAUGCUGACAGCGCCGUCGUAUUCUUUGGUCCCGAUCUCACCGACAUGCCUGUGGAUACGCCUCUGCAUGACAUCGGUGACAUCAAUCUCGACGGGUUUCAGGAUAUGGUGCUGGCCGAGGCCGAUCGCACCCGCGCUGCUACCUAUCUCAACAUUACCGAAGUGCCCGUGACUCGAGACGACACCCCCCUCAACAUCACCACAUUCACGUACGGCACCGGCAAGUACUUUGUCUGUGACGGUGGUGAUCUCAUCCUCGGUGCUGGAUCUCGCUUGGUGGCUGCUGGGACAGCACCGGUCUACGUGGCAUCCACGUCAAUGAGCAACGCCGAUGUCCAAGCCUUCAUCCAGACGGUGAAUUGGGCGAGUGACACAAUCACCGUGCAGCUCGUCUUGAUCAAUGCUGGUACUACCAGCACCGAGGCCCAGGUCGCGGCAGCCAGUGCUUUUGUCACUGGUGGUGUCGCGCUUUCCUCGCAGUCGUGUGUCCUUGCCGCCGAAGCGGAUGGCUUUUUGUGCACCUUCUCGGCAACGCUCAAUGCCAACGUGAACACGCUCCGCUUUUCCGACUUUCCCGAAGUCAUGCUGCCCCUUGACACACUGACGCCACAGACUCGCCCCGAUGGCAGUCUGACCUUCACGUUGACUGCGGAGAACGUCAACACGAUGGAGGUCACUGGUGGUCAGGUGACGGGCGUGACCUCGCCCACCCCAGGUGCCAUCUUUGCCUACAGCCAGAUGGACACGCAGGUGACCAUCAACCAGGUGUCCAUCGGAGCCAGCACACCAAUGCCAUCCGUCAUCGAGGUUGGGCUCUCGUGCGCAGCUGAUGUCGGGACAUUCACCUUGACCUAUGGUACCAGUACCAUCACCUACACUUGCCUGCCAGUUCUGGCAGGUGUGUUCGUUGCCACUCGCGAGAGUGUAGUGGAUUACUCGGCGCUGAUUGGCGACGUGGUGCCAUUGGACAUGUACUUUGUUCGUCGUGAUACCAGUGUCAGCGUCACCUGCCGCCCCUUGUCGAGCGCAUUUGCAGCCAAGUUUGAGUUUGAUGCCAACUGCACAGGAAUGCGCGUCCUCAACACCAACGGUUUCACCCUCAACUUCGAGACCGAGGUUGAGAUUGUGGCUGAAGUUGACGGCGAGGUCGUGGCUACGACCACCAUUGCCUUCUUGGCGUAUGACAACAUUGCCUUUGACGUCGACACCUCGGGCCUCUAUGACGCCGACUGCGCCGCACUGGAUCUCUCCACAUUUGUGUCUGUGACAGCUGACCUGACCUAUGAAAGCACCGUCUACACUUGCCAGCUGACUGGCCUCGUCGGCCAGGCCAUCACCUCGAGCAAUAAUGCAGUGGCCACCGUUAAUGUUGCGUCUGGCACAGCACUGCUAACUGCCCAUUCGGCUGGCACAACAACGUUGUCACUGGGCACAAACUCUUACGCCGUAACCAUUGCUUCGGCAACCCUGACAAAGCAGGUUGUUCUCUUCAGCUCUAUUUUGAGGUCUGCCACUCCGGUCACUAGCGGUGGUUUGGUUCUUGAUGGGGCUUUUAUUAACACCGGUUCAUCUUUUUCGGCUUAUGAAGCCAAUCCCGUGAGCGUGGAUCUCAAUUACGUUCAAUAUCUGUCCGUCGCCGGCGAGGGUGCCGUGUUGGUGAGCGCCGCUGGCGUUGAAACAGGCACUGUGCUUGCGGGCUAUGAGAGCCUUUGUGACGAGCUUGUUCCAAUCUUCACCACCCGUGUCACUAGCCCCGUGCGGGAAGUGUUCAAUGUCUCUUCGCACUACCUGUUGGCAUCCUCGCAAGCUGAGCUGGCUGAGCCCCUGGGCCUUGCUAGCAACGCCACCAUCGGCUUUGUCCUCUCUGGUGUGGACGUGGAGUUUUCUGCAAAUGACCUACUUGAUAUGUGUACCGCUGACGCUCCUCUAGAGCUUGCUGUGGACGGCGACGCCUUGGUUGUGUUCUCCAGUGUGGCCACUGAGGGAGAUGUGACGUGUACCUACUUGAGCUUGGUCGUUGCGACCACCGUCACGGUGGUUGAAGUGACGAGUCUUGACGUCGUGGGCCGCCCUUUCCUGACGGAGCUCAACUACUCUAGUCCUUUGACUUUAUGGUCCUACCAAGGAACGUUCUUGCCCAUUGAAGUGGGUGUCGCUGCAACCCUGUCUGAUGGUUCAGCCAUCACGACGACUGAGGUCCCCGGUGUGCUCAACGUUUCUGCCGGUCGCAUCGAUGAGGAGGACGGCAGCAUUCUUCCCGAAUCGGCCGAUGUUCAAGUCAACGUGACGCUGGCCGGCUUCACUGCCGUUUCCAUUGCUGCACUACCAACGCCUGUUACUGUCACCUCCAUCCCGUUAUUUACCAUCUCAUCUCCUAUCUUAGAUUCCACUCCUGUACGCCCCAUGGUCAGCGUUGGUCUUGACGUCGGCAGCACGCUGGUCAAUGUUUUCCGUUCGACCCGCAUCAGCGCCGCCCUGAACGCCUCCAUUGCAACGAAAAUGACCUACCUGAGUUGGGACGCCAACACGCGCCGUGUCACUGCACUUACAAACACCAACGAUGACCUUGUCGUGAACGUGACAAUUGGUGCUGUAGUGGCCACAACUGCGGUGACUAUCAAUUUCAACGGCGAGGUUCUUGGUCUUGACAUGGGUAGCUUCACAGGCCAUGCUCUUCCCAUGCUGUCGGGACCGACAGCCAGCCUCCCCAUCUAUCUGAACACGCCCCAGUCGCUUAUUGCCUUUGAGCUUCGCAUUAACCACCCUGGGGCCGCCCGUGUUUCCAACAUUGCUCAGGGUACCGGGUGGACGGGUACCAUGACCUCCUUCAGCCGGCGCGACUUUACAGUCGUGGUGGGCAUUGGUCAAAUUCCUGCCUCUAGCGCUGCGGAACUGGCCACGGUCGACUUUUAUGGCCUCACGGAGGAUUUGAUUUUGUCAGCAUACAUUGUCACCCUGAUCGAUUCCUCUCGGUCUUCUGUGAGCUUCCCUGCCUCGGCGGCCAGCGUUGUUGCAUCCUUUUCGUCCAACCCGCAGCUGAACGAUCUUGCUCGUCGUCGUCGUGCUGUUUGCAGCACGCCCAUGGAUGAAGUUGACGUUGAUAGUGACUGCCAAGUGACUUUGGUGGAUUAUUUUGGCCUGCAGGACCAAUUUGCCAGCGGUACCAUGACUGCUGAUCCCAACAUUGACGGCACGAGCGAUGAGGACGAUCUCGACUAUGUUCUGUCCGUGAUUAUGGAAUAUCGUCCCCUCAUCCAGAUGCCCGCGCUGGAGCAAAACGAUGCAUACAGCUGCACAUACGCUGUGGACUUUGGCUGCCGCGACCGAUUCAAUUCUUUCUGCUCUGCCGGCGAUCUGCAGCCCUAUGCCAUCUUCAACGACGCAGGCAACACGUUGACGCCCAUGGUGGAUGGGACUGAAUUGCUUAAUGUUCCGGCGAGCGCAUUCGCCGUUUUUGGAUUGGUUUCACCCGAGUACAUGUUGGACUUCCUGACGCAGUCGGCUGUGACUCCUGUGUCUAUGCAGCUCGGUGUGGGCGUGUUCGAUCAGCUGUAUGAUGAGCCUUUGAUCACCCUGCCUAGCCAAGACAUUGGCGAUACGUUGUCAUUGUCUGAUGGUGGAGCCGUUUACGCACUGGGCCGCCAAGUCGUCGAGUACGACACUAGCAUCUGUCCUCUUACAACUACAAUGACCACGACGACAGCUGAUCCUAAUGCCACGACAACGACCACUCCGACAGUCGACCCCAAUGCGACCACCACCACGACGACGACGACGGUGGAUCCCAAUGCGACCACAACCACUGCUACCACGACUGUGGAUCCCAACGCGACCACGACCACUGCUACCACGACUGUGGAUCCCAACGCUACCACCACGACCACGACUGUGGACCCCAACGCCACAACUACUGCCACGACUGUGGAUCCCAACGCCACCACCACGACCACGACUGUGGACCCCAACGCCACGACUACUACCACGACUGUGGACCCAAACGCCACGACUACUACCACGACUGUGGAUCCCAACGCCACCACCACGACCACGACUGUGGACCCCAACGCCACGACUACUACCACGACUGUGGACCCCAACGCCACGACUACUACCACGACUGUGGAUCCCAACGCCACCACCACGACCACGACUGUGGACCCCAACGCCACGACUACUACCACGACUGUGGACCCCAACGCCACGACUACUACCACGACUGUGGAUACCAACGCCACCACCACGACCACGACUGUGGAUCCCAACGCUACCACCACGAUCACGACUGUGGACCCCAACGCCACGACUACUACCACGACUGUGGAUCCCAACGCCACCACCACGACCACGACUGUGGAUCCCAACGCUACCACCACGAUCACGACUGUGGAUCCCAGCUUGACAACCACGACCACGACUACGACCACGACCACAUCUCAGCAGGACACAUCAACAACUGACGUUGCAGCAGCCAAAGAUAGUGACGAUGGCCUUAGCAGUGCCGAGGCAGCGGGUCUUGCCAUCGGCCUCAUCCUUCUGGUUCUCUUGAUUAUUCUUCUGCUCUGCUUCCUCUUGGGUGGACGUAAGAAACCCAUCGUGUACGAUGUCAAGGUGGAGCCCAAGAGCGCCGAAGGCACGACAAAUCCCGAUCAUCCUUGGGUGGAUGACGGUUGUCCUUUCGGCUUUUCGCUGCGUCUCAACAACAGUUCAGACCCAUACCGUCGGGGCAUGGAGCUUAUUCUGCAGCGCGGCAAGACCUACAAGUUUCAAAUGCAAAAUGUGCCGGAGGACUAUCCCUUCUACUUUACCUUCUCGGAAACAGGUGGUGGCAACGCUGUAUCAGAGAUUCUGCAAGGCGUGACGGGUGCCCCGGCUCACGGUACAGAUGUGGUCACCCUGGUUGUCACCAAGGAGACCCCCAAUCUCUUCUAUUAUCAGUGCGCACGCCAAAAGCGCAUGGGUUACUUGGUGCGUGUUGUGGAUGAGGACGUUGAACAAGCCAACCUUAUGGGCCCUGAUGCGCCCAAGGCAAAGGCUGGCAAGACGUACUACUUUGAUGAGAACGCUGCCAUCGUUGAUAUUCCUUCCGCUACCGAUGUUGAUGAGACCGAGGCGGAGUCAGAGGUGGAGCAGCGCCCAACCUUUGGCGUUGUUGGUGAUGUUCCGACCUCUGAUGAUGAAGACAUUGACGCCAUUCCCUUUGAUACGGCCACUUCAAUGCGCAGCGCGCCUACGUACAACGCCCCCCCACGCUACACAGAGGUGCGAAGGCUGCAGAAUGAGGAAUAUGAGAACCUUCCCUCGUACCUCUCUUCGAUACGCACAAUGCACUCGGCCCGUGCGGCUGAGCCGGAGCAGCCGGCAGCUAAAGACUCCCUUGUGUAAUUCUCGGGCCACCAUUGAUCCUUCAUAGCCUUUUCGACAGUUCCCUCAGUUGUACAUCUCGUUUCCUGUUGAAGCAGGAUCGUGCUUUCCACACUUUGCAUUUCGCUUGUCCUGGUUCCCAUUCUCCUCUCUGCUCAAAACUGGCUUGCACCCUGCGUCCGCACACCCUUUGUUUGCUAACCCCGUAUGUUUUUUUUACUGUGUUCGUGUUCUUCCCUCGCGGUCAUUACUCAGGUUUCGUGUAUCCAAAGUAAAUUGCACAAGCUAGCCCAUAUGUCUCUUUGGUUUUCCUUUUGUUCAGAGCACCAAACCCUACAAUUGUUGUACGCUGCGCUCGUGGACCAGUAGGAAGAUAGCAUUGUCAGCACUUCAGCUACACAGAUUCGGUUCGAAGACGGAGCGCGACUGCAUCGCAAUCCAUGACGUCUUCGGCUAGAACACGGGGAACCAGAGUGUCCGCAGCGUUUUGCGCCCAUGCCACCACUUGCUCCAGCCAGAGCCAGUGCAACUCGGCACAAGGACGCAAGGCGAUUUUAUUAGCAAGCCAGCGACAUGCGUCGAUCAGCUAGUAGACACAAAAGGCGACACAUGAGCUGAGAAAGGUUCUUUGAGUUUGAGUGUAGCAAGGAUC